AUGCCUUCUCCAACUUUAGCCCUCGAAACCAACUCGGAUUCUCCGAAGCAAUCUUCCUCGGCGUCUGCCCCAACAUCCGACGCCAGCAUGCCGUGGCAACGUCCUUCUAACAACUACGAGCCGAUCGAUGAGGAACCAAUUGGUCACAGCGUCGACAAAGCCCGUGUCGUUGUCGUAAAGGUCUUGGUCCUGGACCGGGCCAUAGCGAAAGCAGAGUGGCGAAAAGUGCAGAAAAAACAUGCCACUCUGACCUUGGAAGGGUACAUCGAGGCGGUGUCAACUUACGAGGCAGAUAUCAUGAAACGCCUUAAGCAUAAGCACAUCGUCGAGCACUACCAUGACCACGCCGGAGGCUCAACGCCCAACCUGAUUAUGACGAACAUCUGCAUGGAAAAGCUUGAUUGCGACUUUACAACCUUCAUCGCCGAGGCUGCAGGUCUUCUCUCCAAGCCGGGAAUCGCCAGCUUUCUUCGCCAGCUCUGUCUCGCUACUAGAUUCAUCCACGGAGAGGGCAUAGAUGUUUUUGGCGGCACCCCGUACUAUAUGGCCCCAGAGCGUCUCAAGUACAAAGGCAAAUGCUAUCACGCUCUUGACGUGUGGGGUAUCGGCUGUGUCCUUACGUUCAUCGUCAAAGCUGCUCCGGCAUUCUGCUUUCCGGCUCUGACGCUAGCUCUGCAGUACAAAAUCUUUGGGGAUCAUCCAGAUCUCAGUGAUGACGAAGGUAAGGAAGAGCUUCCUACGUUGCCUACUGCGGACAAGAUUCAGAUGCUCGCCAUCCUCGCGACAUUGGGUUGGCAGUCUCUAGCAGGACAAGAAGAAUGGCGUGCCGAGCUUGAGGCAUUGGCGAAAGUGGAAGCCAGCUUCUACACUAAGAUUCAACGUGAGUUCAAGAAUGGGCUCACUGACAAGCUUGGUGCAGACGGCCUUGACUUCGCUGAGUCUUGUCUAGCAUUGGAGGCCGACGAACGACCUGACGCAGCUGGUCUUUUGGAACACCGUUAUCUCAAGUUCUAG